AUCGGUGUAUUUUACAAGUUUAAUGAAUGUGCCAUGCCGUUUGUGGAGUUCGUCGCAGGCUGGAUUUCAGGUGCUGUUGGUUUAGUUGUUGGCCACCCUUUGGACACCGUAAAGGUACGCUUGCAGACCCAGGCUGUGUAUAGAGGGAUAUUUGAUUGUGUGGCCAAAACAUACAAACAUGAAGGAUUUCGUGGAUUUUUUAAAGGCAUGUCAUUUCCUGUCGUCUCUGUAGCCAUUAGCAACGCUGUGACUUUUGGUUCAUACACUAAUGCGCUGGAUUACCUUACUCGGUCGGGUCACAACAACUCUGACCAAAGCAAGCAGUCAUCACUCACUACUGUGUUCGUGGCCGGGUGUUUUUCAGGGAUAGCACAGUUGUUUGUUUCAGCGCCAAUAGACCUGGUUAAAGUGCGCCUGCAGAACCAGACAAAGUCAGGUGGGAAUAAGUACAGAGGUCCCAUACAUUGUAUUGCUGUGAUUUUAAGAGAGGACGGGGUCAAAGGCCUUUUCAGAGGAAUUUGGGCUCUUGCCCUGCGGGACGUGCCUUGUCUUGGACUUUACUUCCUGCCAUAUGAGCUGAUCUGCAGGAUGCUGACUGAGAAAGGGAAGCAGCCAGGUAACACUGCUGUCCUGUUGGCCGGUGGUGUUGCUGGAGUGGUCACAUGGGCCUGUGCCACCCCCAUGGACGUGGUGAAGGCUCGACUGCAGAUGUGUGGCGGUGGUGGUCGCAUGUACAGUGGUGUGCUGAACUGCAUUACUGUGAGUGUGCGUGAGGAGGGCAUGCGGGUCUUCUUCAAAGGCCUUCUUCUGAACAGCGUGAGAGCAUUCCCUGUGAACGCCGUGACCUUCCUCAGCUUUGAGAUGCUGCUGAGAGCCAUGACCAACUUACCUAAGGACUGAAGGACAGCUGCAGGAUGAUGGAUUUUUGUAGGCCAAAACCCAGAAACAAGUUUGCAAAUUAGCAUUUCCAUUGGUUCCAUCAUUUUUUUAAUGGAGCAUUGGUUAAAUAGCUGAAAUAAGGUCUAUGGUGAACACAAGCUCAAUAUAUCUUAAAGGGCUAGUUCACCCAAAAAUGAAAAUUAGCCCAUUAAUUACUCACCCUUCAAGGGGUGAACAACGGCCUCCUGUAGCCAAUCCAUUUGUUUAUGUAAGAAAACACCGUCGCCGUUGCGCAUGCGCCGGUGAGUCUCUUGAAAACUAACAUUUGUUUACAGGAGUAAUGGAAGCAAAGUUCCUUACUUUAGCAAAGGAAAACCAGUCUCCUUUUGGCCUAUAUUGAAAUCCUCCAACAUUCUUCUUUACAAAUCCUCGAUUUGUACUUCUAAUUCGUAACUGCUGUUUUGUUUUGAUCUCUCCGCUGCGCUUCCAUGUUCGUCACUUCAGAGCGGCGCAUGCACAAUGCCAACCUCAUAGGUCAUCUGCCCGCUGACUGCCAUUAAACAGCAUGGAAGAUCAAACUCUGGACUCGUCUGAAAAAAGAAAGUAGGUAACACUUUAUAAU